AUGAGAGACACCAGCAACAACAUGGCCGAGCUACAGUUCGAGGCCCCGCUGGCCAAGCUCGAAGAGGCGGAGGAUUGGGGCCACGGCGACGUCAAGCCUGCCGAGGACAUCAACCUCAACCUCAACCUUAAGCCUCAGGUGGAUAACGUCAAGCAGUGCCUCUGCAGCCCCAAUGGCACCGACGGUACCGGCGAACCGGACAACUUCACCGAGACCUUCUCAGGCAGCCUGGAGGACCUCGUCAACACCUUCGACGACAAGAUCACCAGGUGCUUCUGCAAUUACGAUGAGUCCGUCGAGAAGCUGGCUCCCGUCCAGGUCCGCUCUCAGGAGGAAAUUAUGAACGAGUGCCAGUAA